AUGAACCUGCGAUCGAGAACGAGGAGCAUUUUCAAGUUUCCUGAAGAUUAUGACGAUGACUUGCUCGCUCAGCACCCAAAUCAAUUACUCGAUCAAGACCAACAAACAGAAAUUGUAACUGGGAUAGCUACAAAUAAUGCUGCAUCGAAUAAGAUUUACAGAUCAUUCACUCUCCUCUUCAUAGCCACCCACUUCUUAUCGUUACUGUUGCGUCUUGAUAUGCGCGGUAAUGUACUCAACCUCAUUGCACUUCUUUUCCCGCUUCCCUCUCUCCUUAACACUCUCACUCAACGUGAUCUGAUGCUGAUUGCACAUCCAGCACUCAGAAACAUCCCAGAACCCCGUUCUCACUUGCUCGGUCUCACUCUCAGCCUCUUCUGUCUCCUCUUAUAUCGCAAUACUGUUUCCACGCGAACAGUACUCGCACUCGCUUUCUCCACUAUCACUGAAACAUGGAUGAGGACUUGUGAAAAGGAGGCACAAGACCUGCAUAAGCUAAAGUAUGCCCAGAAAAGCGCCUGA